GAGUGCUUUACAGGGGAGACUCACUUCUUUUUGCCUCAAACCUUUCCAUGCUGACGGGAUGUUACGGGCUUUGCUGUUUACACUCUCUGUAGUUGCCAUUGCUCACGCUGAGCUCUGCAAACCAGAUGCACAGAAUGCUUUCAAAGUACGGAUUAGUAUCAAAACAGCUUUGGGAGAUAAUGCAUAUGCCUGGGAUGCUAAUGAGGAGUACCUCUUCAGAGCAAUGGUGGCUUUUGCAAUGAGAAGAUAUUCCAGCAAGAGCACAACUCAAAUUUCCAAUGUGCUGCUCUGCAAUGUGACAGACCGGGUGUCCUUUUGGUUUGUGGUCACAGAUUCUUCCAAAAAUGUGACAACUGUUCCUGGAAGCGUGGUAGAGGCAGCCAUCAGGAUGAACCGGAACAGAAUCAACAAUGCCUUCCUACUGAGUGACAAAACACUGCAGUUUCUGAAGAUAACCUCAACCUUAUCACCUCCUGUUGAACCCUCUACACCUGUCUGGCUUAUUGUAUUCGGUGUUGUUCUUUGUCUCAUUGUGGCUGGGAUUGUUUUCCUCAUUGUUUCGGGGAUUCAGAAACACAAGAAAAAGAAUAAAGAGUCAACAGAAGCAGAAAAUUUAGAAGAGAAAGUUGAAGUGACACUAGAAAAUGGGAUUCCUUGUGAAGCACUGGAUUUAAAAGCAGGCCACAUUAAUGGAGUCUUUGCAGCAGAUGAUGAACGGUUCACGUCCCUAUGAAAUGCUGCCAUUGCGCUCUGGUGGUUUUCUGAAAGACUCCUGUGCCUGCCUUUUCUCGUCACUGCUCCUGAAUGUCAAACAUGAAGACAAGAGAAAUGUCCUUUCACGUAAUUUCCCUUGAGAGAAACUUUUGCUGAUAACACGUACACUCAAACCUCCAUUACAGUUCUUUUUUCAUGAGCAAUGCAAAUAAGAAGGCCUCAGACGAUAUCCAGAAAAGAUUUCCAGAAGAUGUGUGGAAGAACAGGGUUGGAACCUGCUUUGUGCCAGGCAUCUCAUUUUUAAUGAUUAUUUGAAUAUGUGCAUUGUUUGUUUUUCCCUGACAUAAAUGUGAAAUUGCAUUAUUCCUGAAUGUCACUGGGGGGAUCAUCUAUCAUUGUCAACUCUUGAUGGGUUUUCUUUCAAGCCAUAUGCAAAAGUGUCUUUGUAAAAUUACUUCUGUUUGCUUCUAUGUAGUAUGCCUUUGGAUGGAACAGUCAUCAGUGCAUGAAAGUUUUCAUUUAUUGAGAAACAAAAAAGCUUUCACAGCCUCUGUAAGACCAGGUCAAAAUACCUGGAUCAUCUAAAGCUCUGGGGCUAGAAAAAAAAUCUGGUACUAGAAGUGUUUUUUACUUAACUGUCAAAGUUACAGAUUAUGUUAGCUGGAAAUUAAAAGCUACAAAACUCUGAAAUUUGUUGUAAUGAAAAGCUGCAACAAAGGGCAGAUCUUCCACAGGUGCAGUGUUUAAUGGCCCAGCUCUCAUUAAAUCAUAGAAUCACAGGCCAGCCUGGGUUGGAAGGGAUCUUAAGAUCAUCGAGUUCCAAUUCCCCUGUCAUGGACAGGGACACCUUCCACUGGACCAAGUUACUCAGAGCCCCAUCCAGUCCAGCCUUGAACACUUUCAGGGAUGGGGCAUCCACAGCUUCUCUGGGCACUCUGUUCCAGUGACUCAACAACCUCACACUAAAGGUUUUUUCUAAUCUAAUCUAAUCUAAUCUAAUCUAAUCUAAUCUAAUCUAAUCUAAUCUAAUCUAAUCUAAUCUAAUCUAAUCUAAUCUAAUCUAAUUCUGCAGUCUUUCAGUUUGAAGCAAUUCCCCCUUGUCCUGUCACUACCUGCCCUUGUAAAUAGUCUUUCACAGCUCUCUGGAAAAGUCUUGCUUACAGUUUUUAAUAAUAAAGCUAGAGUAGAUUUCCAGCAUAGCCAGCCUGGGAUCAGAUGAACCUUCAUGUUCACGUGAUAGGUGGAUAACUUUUGAAAGGAUUCAAGGUGUGAAACACCAACUUGUUUGGUUUGGUUCACCUGACCUGGAUAAGUGACAAAAUUCUGUCUGUCUUCAGAAGCACUGGUCCAGAGAAAUGGGGAGUUUUGUGUGUGGGUAACUGUAGAAACAGAAUGGAAAGGUGUUGAAGCAAAAUAGUGUAUCUGCAGUCACUAUGCAUCCCCCACAUCACUGGAGGCAGGAUUUGACCAUUAGCCAUCCUGUUUCCAGUGUCAUGUUUAGAAGCAAUACUAGAAAACCCCUUUGCUUAUUAGGAUUAUUUCAUCAGACUCCUCAUCAACAGGAACAGGCUUAAACAGAGUAAAAGCUGCUCGUAAAGGACCAUCCAGUGUCCUGAAGGGUACAAAGCUUUCUUGUUUCCCAGGGUGGCAAUCCUGCAGCCUUUUGGCUGUGUUGAGCACCUUUGAUUUGUCUCAGUACUGGCUUUUGGGACAAUGUCAGCAGAAAGGGAGGAAUGGGAAGGAGAAGGGAAAGCAGCAGGGUGAAAGGGGAAAGCUGAACAGGGGAAGCACAACUCUAGGGAAGGCAGGGGAGAGGAAGGCUAAAUACAAAAUAAAACUC